UGCAAAUAAAUAUUAUUACCACAAGGUAUAAUCUGUCCAAACACGUUAUUAUUCAUAGCAGGGGUCAAAUUCAAUUGUGUUUGCACCGGUAGUCGAGUUGCUUUAUCACUUGUUAUAGCCGGUUAAAAAAAUUGUAUUUCUGUUUGAGCGAACGAUAUACUCACUAGUCUUUCCAUGUAAUACUGUUAUCUCUGUUGUUGUGGUUACCUAUAUAUUUUAAGUGCCUGUAAGUUAUUUUUGACCAAUAACGAUACACAACGAUUCAUAACUAUUGUUCUUUUCGAGCAAGAUUGACGACUAAAUGAACUAUAAUGUGGGCCAUUUCUAGAGGAUGGAUGGCAAGGCCUCAAAGGGUACCGACCGAGGUACCGAGUUGAUGAAAAUCACAGUGGCAAACGGCGCAAACACGUCAGCAGCAAGGUCCACCACCACCUGCACACCGGAAGUGUGCAGGGCCGCCAGGCAGAAGUAUCAACCGCCUGAUCUCGCAUCGGACAGUCCAUGGAAUCAGAGGAAAACAUACUUUUUCAUCGGCACCGUCGUUAUCUUCAUCAUAUGGGUCAUCAUAUAUACUAUUAACACACUGACAUGACAGAAAGAAUAAGUAUCACAGGUAAAACAAUCAGUAUCAAGAGUAUAAGCAAGGUUUGGGUUUUCUAAUUUUUCCAUCUAAAAGAACACUAUGCACUGAAAUUAUCACGUAGCAAAAAGGUGAAUGAAGGUAGUGAAUUUGUUGCCAAUUUUCUUAUUUCAUUUUGCUUACCACUAGCACCAAAAUCACACAAAAUGUAACAAUAUUCAAUAGGAAAUUAAGGACUUUAUAUUUUAGAUUCAGGUGAUGUGUGAUUGUGCUCAUGUUAAUGUAAUAUUGUAGCUUAAGGCUAAAUAAACAUCUAAACCUAACUCCGCUUCCAUCCAAAAAAAGGCAGCAUUGCCUCUUAUAAAACCUCCUAACAAACUUGAGACUGAUGGUGCUUGAUUAUGAAUUGAGACGACGACUAUGCUGUAAGCCAACCAUGAAUUGUCAUGAUUAAUCUGGAAUUUAGAAUCUAUGCUUAUCUCGACAGGCAGAGGCGCACACCGAUGGUAAAAGUGUAGCCACAGAUGCACAUAACGGGUUGUCAGAUUUAUCCUAUGUCCCUUCUUAAAGCUACAUAUAUUUAUUUUUGAUGUGCAUUCACUUUAUACAAAGACACACAAAUUUUAUGAGGGGGAGGAUAAUUACCCCAUAAUUACCCCCUUACGACUCAAAUACCCGACCAAAAUCCAUAGAAAAAUGAGCUUCCAAAAACGUGAUGGAACAAUAAGCAAAAAGAUUUCAAUAAUGCCUGAUCUUUUAUAAUCCAAUAAACCUGAAUAUGAACGUACUUAUGAAGAAAACAUUGCAUUGUUACUUGAUCUUUAGCAGGGAUUUACACAAUGAGCAACUCUCGGAUGGACUGACG